AUGUCAAAUAACUAUGAAGAUGGAGGAGUUUACUAUGAUCCUGACGAAAACAUGUUCAAUAACGAUGAAGAUGGAGGAAUUUACUUUAAUCCUGAAGACCAAGAACUCAUCAAACUGCAUCUACUACCCAAGUUAGAAACGUACCGAAAACCCAAGUCAAAAGAUGAAGAGUGUGAAGACUUCAUCGAGAUGAAGAACGUUUACGAUAAGGAGCCAUGGUUGCUGGACCAUACCAAUCACCCUUUGUUCAGGAAGAACGAGUGGUUUUAUUUCGUGACAAGGAGUCAAGUGUCAGUGAAGAACAUUGGUCGUGGUAGGAACUCGAAGAGGAGGGUCAAUGGAGACAACGAUGGUGGGAGUUGGAAGCCUAACGCUAAAAAAUAUAUUGAGGACGAAGAAACAGGGGAGACCAUAGGGAAAAAGCAAACCCUAAAGUUCACGAAAAGCGACAAGAAGAAGCAGAAGAGAGGAGACGGCACUUCUGUUGUUGUUCCCGGGAGCAAUAGUAGCUGGAUUAUGCACGAGUAUUCGCUACCUGACGAAAAUACGUUUCAAGAACUGGUCCUGUGCAAGAUUCGCAAGAUAAGCAAUUCUAAGGAUGAAGAUGAUCAUCAUGAGUCUAUUCCAGCUUCUUCCUCGGAGCCGCAGCGGACCAAUACCGAUCACGAGAUUGCUCCAGCUCCUUCGUCCUUGGAGCAUCAAAAGCCGUUAUUAUGCCAUCGUGGAGAAGCAAACAUGGUUCAUCAAAAAGAAGAUACGACCGCAGUGAUCCAGAUGGUUCCAAGAAGAUCGUCACAUCGGGAUGAACAUGUUGAGGCCAUGGAGGUGGCACAUAACGUAGAAGAAGACGGUUCGAUUGGAGAUCUCUCUGACAAAUUGGCAAGCACUGGAUUAGAUGAUCAACAACAAACACCAAUCUACGCUGCUCCUCCAGCUAGGCCUGGCGAUAGAUCUCUACCAAUAGAUGUGGAUAAAUCUGAUGAUGAUGAUGAAGUGAUGAACCAAGAGCUUGAUACACAUCUUUUCUAG